GGAACACUGGCUGCCUGACCAGUCACACUCACAACCAUGACGCCUAAACACUGCUUUCCGGGCUUCCUCAUCACUUUCUUCCUGACCGGGGCAGUAGAAACUCAUCCAGCCCAUGAGUCUCUGAAGCCUCAGAGAGUACAUUUUCAGUCCCGGAAUUUUCACAACAUUUUGCACUGGCAGCCUGGGAGGGCUUGUGCCUGCAACAGCAGUGUCUACUUUGUGCAAUAUAAAAUGUAUGGACAGAGACAAUGGAAAAAUAAAGAGGACUGUUGGGGUAUUCAAGAAUUCUUUUGUGACCUUACCAAUGAAACCUCUGAGGCACAGGAGGCUUAUUACGGAAGGGUGAGGACGGCCUUGGCUGGGACCCGCUCCGGCUGGACCAUGACGCAGCGGUUCACUCCCUGGUGGGAAACAAAAAUAGAUCCUCCAGUCAUGAAUAUAACCCAAAUUAAUGGAUCCUUGUUGGUGAUUCUCCAUGCUCCAAAUAUACCGUAUAGAAACCCAAAAGAAAAGAAUGUAUCAAUGGAAAAUUACUAUGAGCUAGUAUACCGAGUCUUUAUAAUUAACAAUUCACUAGAAAAGGAGCAAAAGGUAUACGAAGGAGCUCGCAGAAUGGUUGAAAUCGAAGCUCUAACACCUCGCACUGGUUACUGUGUGGUGGCGGAGACGUAUCGGCCCAUGCUAGACAGAAGCAGCCGAAGAAGUGAAGAGAGAUGCGUGGAAACGCCGUGAGGUGGUGUGGCUCUGCAAGUGGAAAUCAAAAGCCCUCUGAG